AUAAUAAUAAUAAUAGUAACAAAAUAGUGAAUAAGAAGACUUGUGUAGAAAUACAAACAAGCAAAUGGAUGUGUGAAUAAAUAAAUAAAUAUACAAAUGAAAAAAGUACAGGGCAAAACAGCAAAGUUAAACAAAAAUAUAUAAUGAACUCUUGGAAGCGAACCGUCAAGACGAGGGAGAAAACCCGCCAAAAAUCAGCUGAUCGCGACCCUUGAGGCUUUAAAAGAAACACGAUAUUCUUUCUCCACUUCGAUAUGGAUGAUAAGAACCUGAUGAUGUUUGACGUGAUCCUCCACAACAUGCAGAAGAUGGAGGACCAAAUAUCUAACAGCAAGAGGAAGCUACGUGAAGUGCACGAGACCACACAGAAAGACGAGCGUGAGCGUGUCUCCAUCCUUGCUGAGAAUAAAGAAAUGGAGGAGAAGAUUUUGCGAGCACGCCGUAGCCUCGCCCACUCCCAGACUAAUCUUUCCGCCAACCUCCUCCUCCACCGCCACCUGGAGGAGGAGAUGACCAAGGUGGAGGAGGAGAGGAGCCAAUGUCUCCAGCAGCUGGAAGCCGAGAUGAGCAGGGAGAAGGAGGCUGCAGGGGCGUGGACCAAGGCUCUGCUUAAGGACCACUACAGCAGGGUGAGGCUGGACAACCCUGCCAUCCCUGCCCGGCGGGAGGCCAUCCUGCAGGAGGUGGCGCAACUGAGCCUGGAGGAGACAAGACAGAACUGUGAGAUCAAAGUACUUGAGGACAUAGACAAAGAGAGGGAGAAACUGGAGAAGAGAGUCAAGGAAGAGGAGGAGGACCAAGAGGAGAUGAGACGCUCCAUAACAGAACUGAAAGAGAAGUCAGAAUCUGUGGAAAGUGAGACUCGCUUGUUAGAAAAACGGAGAGAUUUGUUGUAUCGGUGCCCCAGUGAAGAGCAGGAGGAGGCAAGAGGCCUUCGAGACAAGCUGAAUGACCUGCAGCAGGAGAGGGAGUACCUGAUGGCAGCGCUGGAGGCCAUGAAGAAGGAGUGGAAGCAGAUGGUGGAUAAAUAUGGGUUGAGUGAGUUACCUGAGGGAGUCCCAGAUUCACAGUCUACAAGUCACAAAAGAGCGAGGGGCAGCAAUGACUCAUCAGCAGACACCCCCCUGAAGAAGCAGAGGACUUACAUGUCUUCCACCUCCUUAAGUGCAUCUACAACUAAACAGGGGCAUGCAGAUUCCAACCUAGACAUGGAUACUAAGGAAUAUAUCAAUGAAAUGCUCAGGGACAUUAACUGGGGUAGUGAAGGUGAUCUCUCAGACACUCAGAAUCGCCCAAAUGAUGGAGGAAGGGAGGGCGUGACUGUAGAAAAGACAAGGACCUCAGGAAGAAGCAGUGGUCCCUCUCCCUCCACUCCUCGUACCUUCACCAGGAAUCCUGCACCACCCACCCCAGAUGCUUUGGAUGAGAGACGUCCCCUCCUGCAGCACAUCCUGGCCAACCACCCACCCCCUGCUGCCCACCCAACCACCACAUCCCAACAGAAGUCACAAGCAACACAUGUGCCAUCAAGACAACACCAACAACACCACCCACUUAUCACCACCACCUCUUCCAUUGCUUCAUGCUCCUCCUCUUCCUCUUCUGGUGUUCAGUGCCUUCGUCCCAACACAAACACUAUACGGCAUGUGCAUCCUAGAUCUUCUCAUAUUCCUUCUUAUGCUCUUCCUUCCCAAUCCCUUCGUCUGUCCUCCUCUCAACAGCCUCUUCUUCGUCCUCGUUCUUCCCGUCCUAUCCCACCUCUUCGUCCUUUGCUUCCUGCUCUUCCAUCUCUCCCUCAUCCUUCCCUCCCUCCUCCUCAUUCCUCUGCUAUUCGUGCCUUGCCUCCUGGUCCUCAGAGAAACAUUUCAUCAACUCUCAUGCAGGAGAAAGUAAGAUACAUCCACCAAGUUCCUUCCAUCUCCUCAUCUUCCUCUUCCUCACUGGUGUCUGACCAGCACUUUCAGAGACCUACAAUGGUCACAGCCACCACCUUGCAACAUCCCAUGCACACCACUGUUCCCAGGGCCGGCACACAGGGUACCUCCAACACCCUGAAAAGGGUCAUACCUGUUGCAGGAACAUCUCUGGUGCAGACAUUGAGGGCUCCCCAGCAGGCAGUCAUCACUAAUCAAGGAGCAAGGGAUGUACGGUUCUCAAGUCUUGCCAGCACCAUGACACCAAGACUUCGCCUUCCUGCAACCACCACUCCUAUCCGUAGCUCCGUGUUGCCAGGGCAAGGUGCCCCAGUGGGAAGGGGACAACAGAGGCCUCAGGGACUUCAACAGGGGGCCCAGAAGCAGCAACAGGGAUACAGGUUUGGAAUGUGGAAGACUCCAGUGAAAGUCGUCUCGCCUUCCAAACGCAGGAUCAGGUUUAACGAGAAAACAGAGGUGCUUGGAACACCUGAGAGCACUGAUGGGCGCUAGGCAGGACCCUUUAGGAGGAUGAGAGUGGCACCUGCAUGAGGAGGAAAACGAAGAAAAAAAGGGAGACAAACUCAUGCUAGAGGAUGAUGGCAAAAGAGACAAAUAUCUUUAAGAGAAUUUGAGGGACCCUUUCAGAAGAAUGAGAAAUGCAUAAAAAACCGCAAAAGGGUGGCAGCCAAUUGCCCACAGGAAUCUAAGAGAUAUAGAGACAAACAGCUAUUGAAACAACUUGAACCUGCUUUUGGAAAGGUAUGACACAAACCUGCAGAAGUAAUGACUAUUGAAUUAAAACCAUUUGAGAGGAGAGAAGGAUGAGCAUCAUUUCUCCAGGGAAGAAAUCUAUAAUUCUUGGCAGCACUGUAUCUUCAGGAGGAAUCCCAACAUAUCCAGACAUGCCUUUACAUAGCCUGUCAGGAUGAAGAGUAAAGGAGACGUCUUGGUGCAUAGAAGUAUUCACUGUAGGAUGUUACACAGUCGCCUUCUACAGGACAGCAGCUGACCACCUCACAGAUGGACAGCUGGGAAACAUAUUGAGAUUAUUGUAAUUACUGUUAGCCUGGACAAGAAGGAUUUAUGUGUAGUAAAUAAAAUAUUAAUACACAAUAUAACUGUA